GUCACCAUUUUUUUUUCCCGAUAAAAAUCAGCAUUUGAAAUUUCCGACAAGGAAAUAAUUUCGGACUUGCAAUUCCCUGUGGCAUAAUUAAGAUAUUUUCUGACAAUUUAUAUAUCAUUUACUUGCGAUAACGAGUGCAGUUUUGCAAUUGCACGUCGGCAUUAUCGGUACUAUCGCACACUUUAUUCAGUUGAACUUUGUGAAUAAGGCUAGGUUAACACGACGAGAGAAACCACUUAAUCAUUUCUCUUCCACUGAUGAACAUCUCGAUUUAAUAAUUUAAUAAAUCGCUGUGAGUUUUCAUAAUGCUAGAGGUAAUAUAUGACAUGCCAAAAAUCGGUUACGGCUUUUCUUUUCUCACUGUUGGAUAUUUAAUUUAUUAUCUCCGUGAAGCUGUCAAGCCGCCGGAAUUAAUUUGCGCCGAGGGCCCAUUUCGCACGUUCAUUGAGAAAAAUGUGACGAUAAUCAGGAGUAAAUUUUGGCCGACAUUCUGGUGCUUCGAGGCAAGAGCACAAACCGUUUUAGCGAGUGUCCUUCGUACAAUACUAUCACCGCGAGUACAAUAUCGCAGAGAACUUUUUACAUUGCGAGAUGGCGGAGAAGUUGCACUAGAUUGGGCAGAUCAGAAUUGCUCCCCUACAUCUCCAAUUGUCAUAAUUCUUCCUGGAUUGACAGGAUCAAGUCAAGCUGAUUAUAUAAAAGGUCUUAUCACUGGCGCCAAGGCCAUCGGAAUCAGAUGUAUUAUUUUUAAUAAUCGAGGACUUGGGGGUGUCCCCCUGAAGACUCCGAGAUUGUAUUGCGCCGCUAAUGUCGAUGAUUUCACUGAAGUUGUGGACCAUCUCAAAAAGACUCAUCCAAAUAUUCCCAUAGGAGCCACUGGAGUUUCAAUGGGCGGAAUGAUCCUAGGAAAUUAUCUAGCCGAAAAUGGUGCGGCUGCAACGAAAAAAUUGAAAGCAGCUUUUAUAAUUUCUGCACCAUGGAAUAUCAGGGAAGCUGUCAAGAGCUUUGAAAAGCCAUUUUUUAAUUUAUUACUGAACAGACACCUCGCGCAGAAUCUGUGCCGAAAUAUCAGAAGAAUAUCUUCAAAUGAUGUUAGUUUCUCGGAUAUAAAUAUGGAGGCAGUCCUGAAGAGUAAAACUAUUAAAGAAUUCGAUUCAAAUUUCACUGCAAAACAUUUUGGAUACAAAGAUGUAGAUGAUUAUUACGACAAUGCAUCGCUGCACAAGAAAUUACAUUUAAUUGAAGUGCCUGUUUUGUGUCUGAAUGCAGCUGAUGAUCCAAUGCAACCUCUUGCAGGUGAAUGUUCAUUAUAAAUGAAUAAUUAAUUAAUUGAUUAAUUAAUUAAA